AUGACGGGAGGAUCGGCAUUAGUUGUUCUUCCCUCUAUGUUCCAGAGUUGUAAUUUCGUCAUCGGGUUUAUCAAUAAAAAGUUUAUAUUGCCCAAUGUCUUGAAGAGGCUUUUUGACCAUGUCAUUGUGUCACAUAUGACGUUGAAAUAUAACAAGCUACCGAAGGGAGUUCUACAUUGUUAUUUGCCCGGAUACUAUGGAGAAACUGCAGUCGGAAGGUGUAUCCGAAAAGCUGUUCAAAUAAGUUGUCCCGUAACAUGGUUUGUACGAUUGAUAUUUUGUUUCUUCAUCAAUAUGAUUCCAUUUGUUGGACCGUUAUUGGUGAUAUUGGUGCGAGCUUCCAGGUCCGGCUUCAGCAAGCAUCACAGAUAUUUCCAACUCAAGGGUUACACGAAUGCUCAGGUGUAUUUCAUAUGGGUUCACCAGAAGAAUUCUUACUUCAUGUUUGGUUUUGUGGCGUUGCUUUUGGAAAGCAUUCCCGGCUUGGGGUACUUUUUUGUAUUUGCCAACACCAUCGGUGCUGCUCUAUGGGCUGUAGACCUUGAAGACCAGAUGUGCCGAACGAUUGUAUCCAAAAUGCAGGAGGAAUCGGAUGAAGAUCCUAGUGACUUAGCAAGUUCCUCUAGUAGAUGA